CUUUGAGUAUGGAAGCAAGUCAAAAUUUGUUUCCAUGAUUAUCAGAUGAUGACAAAAAAGUUACUUCAUAUGCAGACUGCUGCUCUGAAAAAGAAGAUCUUUCCAUUGUUCAGGUGGAUGUUUUCAAAACUUGAGAAAUUCCACACUUAAUCUUUGCAAGAAUUUUUUUACUGAUUGAUCAUCACACAAUAAACUUGAUCAUGGAUAGCAAGUCCUUCAAGUCAAAACAAUCUGCCAAGUCUCCUGAUAAUCUCAGACAUCUGACACUGACUGGCUACCUCACCAGUGAGCUCAAACGAGGCUAUCUCUUGGAAAAUGAUGAGGAGAGAUAUGCCAAGCGACGAGAAAAGGUCUACACUUUCUUCAUGAUACCUCGAGAGACAGAGAAGUUUUUUGCUUAUGGCUACUUUCAAUGUGCUGACUCCUUCACAUUUGUUAUGACAUUCCUGCCAUUGCGCUUCCUGAUGGCAUGUUGGGCCCUUGUGACGGGAGGACUCGUCAAGGUCUUCAGGUGGAACAGGCCUAGCGAGCAUCUACUGCGGCCUGCAGAGGUGGUGGACCUGGUGAAAGGUGUGCUGCUGCUGUCCUGCUGCUACAUCAUGACUUUUAUAGACACAUCAAUGCUGUAUCAUCUCAUCAAGACACAGUCCACCAUCAAACUAUACAUCUUCUUCAACAUGCUCGACAUUGCUGACAGGCUGAUGUCAGCGUUUGGUCAGGACACUCUGGACGCCCUGUUCUGGACCGCCACGGAGCCGGGAGGACGCAGGCGGGAGCGGGUGGGCGGGAUGGCGUUCCACCUCGCGGUGGCGCUCACUUCUGUCUUCAUCCACGCGACCAUCGUCCUGCUGCAGUCCCUGGCCCUCAACGUCGCCAUCAACGCCGACAACAAAGGGCUGCUCACCAUCCUCAUCUCCAACAACUUCACGGAGCUCAAGGGAUCUGUGCUCAAGAAAACUGACCGACUCAAUCUACUACAGGCUGACAGCGACCACAGCGACCUGGUGGCUCGUCGCAUGGGCUUCAUGCCGCUGCCGCUGGGCGUCGUCACUUACCGCAUCCUGUCGCAGUCGCUGCCCCUGCACAACCUCACUGCCUAUGCGCUCCUCGGGCUCGCCUUCGCCGCCAUCAUCACCUUCAGGGUCCUAAAUGGCAUCAUCAUGCUGGGUAAGGCGUGUGACAUCAUAGAAGAAGCGGAGCGCCGGAAAGCUAAAGCGGAUUCUUCCUUCGACUGUACAGCAACGUCCGUGCAUGCAGACAAAUCUUUUCCAUCCUCCGAUGAUUCCAAAACCUCAAGCACUACAACAUCGAAUGGCAGUAGCGGUGUGAAAGUCACAGACAACCUCGUCGGCGACGCCAUUUACAUGUCUCCUGCAAGCUCUAAGAGCGCCUGCACCUCUGGCAGGACCGAGUGCUGCUCGUGUUGCCAGGGACGAUCUACUCAGGUCGCGCAGCCUCUCCACAGAACUGAAGAAGAAGACAGUCUUGAGUACCUUGCGACACUUAGAAAUUCUUCUUGUUUUUCCUUCAGUAAUCCAGUGAAUUCGGCGAAAGAAUCUCGUGUGGUGAAUACCUCAAAUUUGAUCCAAGAUGACUCAUCGUCUGGAGGGGUCUUUACAACACCUUUUGAUACCCCCUCCCAUCUCGUCAAAAGGGAUAAGGGCAAGAGAGUGCGACUUGAUUCCGGUGCCAUGGUUCAAGAAAUAGAACCUUACUAUAUUCAUUUAACAGAUGAUUCUUCCAAUGAAAACGAGGUAUCCGAACUGAGGUCAAAAACGAAGACAAACCUGCGAUUGGAUUUGUCAGACCUACAGAAACCUCCUGACUCUACAUACUCCGCAUCUAGUUCAUCUUCUCCUAAGCCAUAUGAUGAUUCUUCCGCCAUGAGCUUCGGUCUCAAUAGCCAAGACGGACUCAUGGCCAACAGUAUGGUUGACUUGGCUAGCGUUGGGCUCAACGAAGGGCCUCAUUCGCCGCUGAUUGAGAACUCACCCUGCACUUUCUCUCGUAAUUCUUCUUGUCAUUCUUUACAAUAUCAGGCCAGUGAAGAAGAUAUUACCCACAACCUCCAUGCUGAGUCAAGUGCUGCAAAAGAAACUUGCAGUGCAUCUGGGGCCGCUAAACCUGCCCGAUCAAGUAUCGGAGAAAACAUUGCAGAAUCUCGAGACUCUGCACCAAGUUCCUUCCCUGUAGGCGUAAUGCCCGUAGAACAUAAAGGCAGCAGCGGCGGCUCAAGAUCCCCCGUUAGAAAGGCUUGUGUUCACGAAGAUAGCCCUUAUCCCAGUCCGAGUGAUUCAAUAGAUGAACAUAACCUAGUACACUCAUUCAAAGCUGUCAGCGCUCCCGAUGUCAGAAUAAGGGAUGGAUCUGACGUGGAUGAAUGAACAUUGUUACGUUCUAGAAGAAAUAUUUAAGGCUAAAAUAUAAAGCUAUAGAUCAUACACCUCGCUAUUGAGUUUAAACUCUAUUCCUGAGAAUUAGAGGUACUAUCACGUGAAGCAUUUAAUCUUAUUACUCAGAGGAUAUAUGGACGUCUAUCACAGGCUCCUUGUUUUGCACUGAAUUCAACAUGCGUGUUCUCGAUGCUAAGUUCCAAGCAACAGGACGAAAUUGGCUUCGCAACGUGAACCCACUCAAUAAAUGUAUUCAGUCUAAAAUAUAUUCAGUCUAAAAUAUAUUCAGUUAAAAAGGAAAA